CUCCGCCCGCCGCCCGCCCCGGCGCCCCGGGCCCCGCCGCGCUUCAUGGCUGCGCACGAGUGGGACUGGUUCCAGCGCGAGGAGCUCAUCGGCCAGAUCAGCGACAUCCGCGUCCAGAACCUGCAAGUUGAGAGAGAAAAUGUGCAGAAGAGGACCUUUACGCGAUGGGUAAAUCUACAUCUAGAGAAGUGCAACCCUCCUCUAGAAGUGAAAGAUUUAUUCGUUGAUAUACAAGAUGGCAAAAUCCUAAUGGCUUUGUUAGAAGUCCUGUCUGGGCGAAAUCUGCUGCACGAAUACAAAUCCUCAUCCCAUCGUAUUUUCCGGUUGAACAACAUAGCGAAAGCACUUAAGUUUUUGGAAGAUAGCAAUGUAAAACUGGUUAGCAUCGACGCAGCAGAAAUAGCAGAUGGCAACCCCUCUUUGGUUCUUGGGCUGAUAUGGAACAUAAUCCUCUUCUUCCAGAUUAAGGAGCUCACGGGCAAUCUCAGCAGAAACUCUCCAUCUUCCAGCCUGUCACCUGGCUCAGGGGGCACAGACUCAGACUCUUCCUUCCCACCCACGCCCACCGCAGAAAGGAGCAUGGCGGUAUCGGUGAAAGAUCAGAGGAAGGCCAUCAGGACUCUGCUGGCGUGGGUGCAGAGGAAAACGAGGAAGUAUGGCGUGGCGGUGCAGGACUUUGCAGGCAGCUGGAGGAGCGGGCUGGCUUUCCUGGCCGUGAUCAAGGCCAUCGACCCCAGCCUGGUUGACAUGAAGCAGGCUCUGGAAGAUUCCAUGCGGGAAAACCUAGAGAAGGCUUUUAGCAUCGCACACGAGGCUCUUCACAUUCCCAGGCUCCUGGAGCCAGAAGACAUCAUGGUUGACACGCCAGACGAGCAGUCUAUUGUGACUUACGUGGCACAGUUUCUGGAACAUUUCCCGGAGUUGGAAGCGGAGGAUUUCACGGAUUUGGAUAAAGAAGCUCCAAUUGAAUCCACUUUUGUCCGCAUCAAAGAGACUCCUUCUGAACAGGAGGGCACGGUCUUCCUUCUGACCGAAAACGGGGACCGAGCCUACACCAUUAACCACGAAGCCAGCCAACCACCACCCUCCAAAGUCUUCGUCUGUGACAAGCCCGAGAGCGUGAAAGAAAGCUUCCAGGAUGGCGUGUCCAGCUGUGCGCUGUCAGACAGCGCCACCGAGUUCAUGCACCAGAUCAUCGACCAGGCCCUGCAAGGGGACCCAGGUAAGGCCAGCAGCACCAACGACCCGUCUCCAGAAUCUUCCAUUUUAUCAUCCAGAAAGGACAGCCGGAGGUCCAACUCAUUGCCGAUCAAGAAAACCGUGCACUUUGAGGCUGACACCUUCAAGGACGCUUCCUGCAGUAAGGAUCCUUUCUACAGUCAUGACUUUCGCUUUGAAGGGAGCCCGAGAGGGACAAAGGACUCAUUGAAGCAGGAUGGGUACCUCCUGGCAGUUGAGAUUGCUGAGGAAAAGUCGCAACAGGAGGCCCCCAAGAUUGCGGAAGCAGCCUCUGAUGAGUCCCCGGGUGACGUCUCUUUGGCGGACGGCAGGAGCAAUCAUUCGCAGACUUCCCAGAGUUCUCCAUCCUGGAACGGGGAGCCAGAGGGUGCGGGCAGCCCAGGGGAGGAGAGCUGUCCCCUCUCACCCCUUGAGGACAACACCAUGAUGGCCAAUUCCUUGGAGUUCAAGGUCAAGCUGCUGACCGUAGAAGCUAUGGGUGAGGAAGACUGUUUUGAGGGCAUACCCUUGAAAACCUCUACAUUUAGCAGCGACCUCAUAGAUGUCGCCUCGACCAGCCAGGCUUUCAAUGAGGUCCCUUCUCCUCAUGAGAAAAAAACAGCGGAGGACGAGGUUUUGGAGGGUCACGCUGAGAAACCGGGGAAGAGGAGGAGUAAGUCUGUGCACCAGAGGAAAGAUUCGGACGAGUCCCCAGAGAGGCCCGAUGGCCUUGAACCUCACAGGGACCCCGGGCAGGAAGACCAGGGCUCCUCUCCAGCCCCAGGGGAGGCGCCGGUGGAUAAAAAGCCAGAGGUGUACGAGAAGCCCAAGCGCAAGUCCCCACGGCGCCGUCGGGGCGAGGACAACGGGGAGGCCCCGGGGCCGCAGGAGCCAGAGGGGGAGCUGCCCCCUGACCCCCUGAGAGGCAGCGUCAGCCUGGAGACCCUGUGCAGCCGCAGCGAGGAGGGCCUGGACUUCAAGCCCUCUCCACCCCUGUCCAAGAUCUCCGUCAUCCCCCACGACCUGUUCUACUACCCGCACUACGAGGUGCCCCUGGCUGCGGUUUUAGAGGCCUAUGCGGAGGGUGUGGAGGACUUGAAAAAUGAAGACCUGGAGCUCGAGGAGCCGGAGGGCUAUCCGUGUGCCCUGGGGGCCAGGGACGAGGCCCAGGAGGCCGCGGAGGCUGAGGCCUCUCAGAGUAGCUGCAGCUUCUCAGGGCCGGAGGAGGAUGUCCCCGAGGCCAGCAUCCCCGCAGCGCCUUGUCCCGACGGGGCUGUGGAGGACGCCACACUGGCCGCAGAACCCGCCGCCCUGUCCCUGCCAGACGACCGCCAGCGAGGGGAGGCCGACGACUGUGCCCCAGCGGAGAGCCAUCAGGCCCAGGAAUUCGGAAACUCUGGAACCUUAGCAAACUCUUUAGAAGAGAAGGUAACGGGAGAAUCAAUCAGCAGUAAAAAAAAGGAAAAAAGGAAGCAUGUGGACCACGUAGAAAGUUCAGUAUUUAUAGCACCCGGCACCGUCCGAUCCUCAGAUGACCUAGAAGAAGACACUGGUGAUCACAAAGUCCUCUCCAGGACUAGUCACAGUGACUCCAGCAUUUACGUUCGACGACAUACUAACAGGUCUUUGGAAUCGGAUCAUUUUAGCUAUGUUCAAUUGAGGAACGCAGCAGAUCUGGAUGACCGAAGAAACCGAAUGUUAACCAGGAAGGCCAAUAACUCCGGUGAAGCCACGUUGCCGGAGAGCCAGAGCCCACAGAGCGACUCUCUGACGCAGUUUGUCCAGCAGCCGGAUUUGAUGUAUUUUAUUCUCUUCCUCUGGCUUCUGGUGUACUGCCUUCUGCUGUUCCCACAGCUGGACGUCAACAGACUCUGAUGCCCGCGUCUGCAUAAUAAAAACCACAGGCCCCUGACCAGGGGCGGGAGGGAGCUCUUUUUACUUCACUUUAUUCGGGUUCGGAAGGGGCGCUUCUGCAGACAACUGAGGGCCUCAGGGAAGCAGCCCCCCGACCCCCCGCUUCUCCACGGUGUCCUUUGUGUCCUGUAAGUCCCAAGCAUGCUCUCCUCUUCGGCUGCGUCCUCGAAACUCAGGUGUGUGUUUGGCUGAAUCGUUAGAUGGGGUUUGCUUUUGAGUGCCUUGCUUUGUCAGGUAUGAAGCAUCUUUGCAUAUUUAGCCCUAAUCUGGGUCGUGGCUCAUCCCCCACGCAGGUUUCUAAGGGCGGGAUGGAGGAGGGUCCUCCUGAUGGGGAAGACGGGGAGACAUCUGCUGGGAAGGAAACUGCCCCGAGCUCCUCCCAGAGCGGGGUUUGAGUGAAGGCACUGGGGGUCUGUGCACCUGCUCUCAUCUGGCUGUUGGUUGUAUCCGAGCAGCACAAAGCUGCGAGUUCCAGGAACACGUGUCCAGGAACGGGAGGCCCGAGGGAAGCGUGGGGGCUGUGUAGUGAGCUGUGGUGCACUCUCUGUCAGCCUACUUUUGGGGGGAAGCUGGGAAGGGUAGGAUGUAAAUUUUUUGCAUUGGCUGAAUUGAGGUUAAAGCUGUGAUUUUCAAAUAUUUGCCACCAAUGGAACCCUCCUUUCAAAUGACUUCUUAGUGGGGGAGAAUUUAGAUUCUCAGCUCAGCAGACACAGGCCAGGGCCUGGGAUCCCUCCCACUUUGCCUCGCCAGCACCCCCAGCUUCUACUGAUGGCUCCCGAGGCCUCUGCGCCAAUCUCCAAGGCCCCACAGGGUCUGCCAAAAGCUCCUUAAAAGCCCAGAGGAGGAGCGCAGGAGUGGCUGGGCUCAGAAUAAUAAGUCCGGGCUGCUGUUCAAGCUAGGAGUGGCCCAGCCACCACCUGCCUUUUAUGUACACCUGCGACAGCGUGGGCAUCCUUUGUGGUCGGUCAUGAUGGGAUUCUUGAAAAGACUUUCUGGAAGGUACCCCGAGAAGUAGACCAGAACAGGCAGUUUGUGAGGUCUCCCCACCCUCCCAUCUUCCUUCUGCCCUGCAACCCCCAGCUCCCACUUCCCUCCAAGAUGCAGGGCCAUGGUGACCCUCCUCCCAUCUUUCCUGCCCCUGCAAGUGGUACUCAACAGAUCACAGACCAUUAGGUCAGGAGAGGCCUCAGACAGCCUCUGGUCUGCCAAACCCAGAGAGGCAAAGCAGGUUGACCAAGGCCAUGCAGCCAACCAGGAACAGACUUGCAGGGGUACCCGUGCCACCAUGAGCUGUCACCUCUUUGAGGAAACUCAUGUUGGGCCCAUGAAGGUCCCAGGAAAAAAAAAAACUAAAACUAAAUGAUUAGAUUAAAAUGUCCUCAUUUAUUUUUUUUUUGUUAAAUUUUUUUUU